AUGGAACAAGAGCCCCUAGAUGCUGGGUUGCAAAUUUCUAUGUCUUCAGAUGAUAUGGAAGAAGACUUACAGUCAAAUCACCCGUCUAGUAUCAUUGAAGUCCCCAUUGUCAAUGGCCCCUCUAUGAUUGAUGAUUCUGAUGAAUUCCUCUCAUUAUCGACGAAAUUUUUUGAAAAUCGAGAAGACCUUGUCAGUGCUAUUCGUAAGAUUGGGUUGCUGCAAGGUUACGUUAUGGUAAUUAAAAGAUCUAGAAGCAAUAGAGAUGUGGCUAUUGGUUGUGAUAGAGGUGGUUGUUAUCGAACCUGUUCUGCACUUGAGGAGAAGAAAAAGAAUUCAGCUUCUCGUCGGAUAGAUUGCCCUUUCAAAAUUGUGGGAAGAAGGACAGCUGAAGGGUUGUGGAAGGUUGAGAUAAGUAGCUUGUUACAUAACCAUGAGCCUUCCACUGACAUGGCUGGACAUCCAUAUUGUCGUCGGUUUACUAAAGAGGAAGCCUCACAAGUUGAACAAAUGAGUCGGGCUGGCAUAAAACCACGUCAAAUUCUCUCUUCGCUUCGACAAAGUAAUCCUGAUCUUCUAGCUGUUUCCAGAAAUAUAUAUAGCAAGACAUCUCAGUUUAGAAGGGAGAGUCUAGGUGGGCGUUCGAUUAUUCAAGCAUUAUUAGAUGAGCUUGGUGGUGCUGGUUUUUCUCAUAAUGUCAAAUAUGAUCACUCUGGUCAUUUGACUCAUCUAUUCUUUGCUCAUCCCACUUCCAUUGAGUUGACUAAAAGCUACUCUAAUGUCUUUGUGAUGGAUUGUACUUAUAAGACAAAUAAGUACAAGAUGCCAUUACUUGAGAUUGUAGGAGUGUCGAGUUUCAACACAUCAUUCUAUUCGUGUUUUGUUUUCAUGCAAAAAGAGGAACAACAGGAUUAUCAGUGGGCUCUUGAAAUGUUCAGUAAGUUGUUGGGAGAUGGUAAUCAUCCAUUGGCGAUUAUAACUGAUAGGGAGUUGGCUUUAAUGAAAGCAUUACAAGUUGUGUUUCCGAUGACUCCUAAUCUUUUAUGCAUAUGGCAUAUUGAAAAAAAUAUUCUUGCACAUUGUAAGGGUCAGUUUAAGGAAGAUGCAGAUUGGAAGGUGCACAUGGAACCUUAA